UCCCAACUUUGGACGAGAACGACAUUGUCCGACAAAGCCUUCACGCGGAGGCGCGCUCGCUCUCCCGUUUCAAGAAGGGGAAGAAUUCGAGAGCGGAGGACAGAAAAAGGGGAGAGAAGUAGUCUCCGUGAUCGUCCUUUCCGAAUUAAAAGCAAUGGCGUCCUCUUCAGAUUCAUGGUUGUGGGAGUUAAAUGAAGCUUCCAGGCUUGCUAAUGAUAUUAGUGCCAUGAUUUCCGAAAGAGGUUCUUUGCCUCCAUCAGGGCCAGAUAUCCAACAUCAUACAUCUUCCAUUCGGAGGAAGAUAACAAUUCUUGGGACUAGACUAGAUAGUUUGGAGUCCCUUCUCUCCAAGCUUCCUAGUAAACAGCCGAUAUCUGAUAAGGAGUUGCAUAAAUGCCAGGACAUGCUCUCAAAUUUGAGAUCUAAAGCAAAAACAGAUGGCUUCUAACAUUGAAUAUGUCAAGCUUUGCCAACA